UCCGACCAUAUGAUUGAAAAGUUUUGACAUCCCCAGUUGAGCAGAGCUUUUAAUGUUAGCCUGGAAUUUCUUAACUUCAACGGCACUUCGCUUUUUGUAAUUGGAUGUGGAAACAAACAUUGCAAGGGACAUUCGCUGGGUGAACGUUGUCAGGGUUAACAAGUGGAGCUGGCACGUCAGCUAAGGGGGGCAGAUCCACGGUUAAACACCACCGGACGACACACCCCUGGAAAUCGCAUCUUUAAAUGAUAAUCUGACUGAUUUAAACGCGUCUGCAGUGCGUGGACUAUCAAAACAUCGAGAGGGGAUCGGAGUGAUUUUUAUUACAGCGACGAGGGCUCUCUAUGCGAGGAGGACACCAGCUAUUUUUAUUCCAGCAACUUCGGAAGUGUCAAAACCAGUGGACAAACGGACCCACCGCAGGUAAAUCCUUUUGUUCUUGGUUCUUGGUUUCUUGGUCCUCCAAAAUAUUCCAAAUGGAAUUUAAACUGGAGGUUCAGCAAGUCCUCCCCUGCUAGUAAAUCUUCUGUCCAUUACAAGGGUCCAUUGUUGUUAAAAAAACAACUGAAAAUGUUGUAUAAAAAGCAGUAUUGCGAUCGAAAAACAUUGUGCUAAUCGUGAUUGAAUCUUGGAUUUUGUUUUGUUUCAGGCAAGCGUAAAAACAAGUAAAAAACAACCCCCAUUGAAGCAAAGAAAGCCCAGGAUCUGUGGUCUUUCCCGAGUUAGCCAUGACUACACGAACUAACGGUAUCCUAGCCUUUACAAUGGCGGCACUUCACCUGCUCACCCAAACAGAAGCACAAGGUCGAUUGAAAUUAAGCGUUCUGUCUGAGGACAGACUUCAGAUGAAAUGGAAAGAAGUGGAUGGAAACAAACAGGGCUACAAAGUCCGAGUGAAGCCUUCAGCAGGUACUACUGAACGGGAAAUAAUCUUGAAGACCAACAUAGCAAAAGCAACUGUUGUGGGUCUUUCUCCCACGCAAGAGUACACUCUUCAGAUAUUACUGAUCAAUGGGAUUCGCGAACAACAUUAUGCCAAGAGGAAGUUUAUCAUCAAUGUCCUAAAAGAACACCGUUCAAAGAAAGCUCACAAGAAGAAACAAAAUGGAAGGAUCAUGGGGUCAGCGGUGGAGAAUGGGACUCGCAUCGACCUUGGCAUUCCUACAAGCAAUACGAUGAGCCUGAAUCACACAGAAAUGAUACACGGAGCACAAUCCAGGAAAGUGAAGAAUUCUGAGCGAAGAAAGUCGUCGGACAAGACGUCGGAGAACAAAAUGCGAAAACCAAGCACGUCUGCUGCUGAAACGUCGCAAGCGAAAAAUGCAACUCAAAGCUUGCCUAAAAAUAGAAGGAAAAUGGGGCAGGGCAAACGCAGGGACGAAGCUGUGCCUGAAGAACCUCCAACUCAAGGCUCCCAGUAUACGUGCCAAGCAAGGGCUGUUGCUGAUAUCAUCAUCGUAAUCGAUGGAUCAUGGAGUAUUGGCAGAGCAAACUUCCGGCUGGUGCGACAGUUUCUGACCAACUUAAUUACACCUUUCCAUGUUGGUCUCGAUGGAAUUAGAAUAGGAUUAAUACAGUACAGUGGAGAACCACGGACAGAGUGGGACCUUGACACAUAUUCCACCAAGAACGAGGUGCUGGAAGCAAUUCAAAGAAUGCGUUACAAAGGAGGCAACACUUACACAGCUCUAGCCCUGGACCACAUUUACAGAAACGCCCUCAAACCAUCGGCGGGCGCCCGGCCGGAUGCCGCUAAGUUCCUGAUCCUCCUCACCGACGGCAAGUCCCAGGACGACGUCAACUCAUCGGCUCAAAGCCUGAAGAACGCGGGCGUGGAGAUAUUUGCCAUUGGUGUAAAGAAUGCGGAUGAGGCUGAGCUGAAACAAAUUGCAUCCGAUCCCCUUGACCUCCACGUGUACAACGUCCUUGGAUUCGACCUUCUCGACUCUCUCAGCGAUAAACUCUCAAAGAUCCUUUGUGGACAGAUGAUGGCAAGGGCAAACAAAGUGAAAAGUGGACAUCGCAAGGCUGACAAUGGCGCCAUGUUAUAUUCAACCCCAACAAAUCUGGUGACAUCUGAGAUAACGGCCAGGAGUUUCCGAGUUAGCUGGACGCACAGCCCCAAACAAGCUAACAAAUACCGUGUGAUGUAUUACCCAACCACCGGAGAAAAUCCAGAAGAGGUGAUUGUGGAUGGAACGGAGUCCUCUGUAAACCUAGAUAAUCUACACUCCCUUACUGAAUAUCAAAUCGCAGUGUUCCCCGUCUACGAAGGUUUUGAUGGUGAAGGUCUUCGAGGCAUCGAAACGACAUCAUCUUUCCCAUCCCUGAAUAAUCUCCUGAUCUACGAUGUCACUCACAACAGCAUGAGAGUUAGCUGGGAGCCGCAAGAUGAUGCCAGCCAUUAUUUGAUCCUUUACGAGCAGGUUUCGAGUGAUGAAGUGGACGAUGGAAAGGAGGUCAAGGUUGAUGCUCAGUACACGGACAUUGAAAUCGAAGGGCUAUCUCCGCACGCCGAGUACAUUGUGACAGCGUACGCUUUAUACGGAGAUGAAACGAGUGAACCAGUAACGGCGCAGCAGGCAACACUGUCGCUGGACCCACCACGAGGGGUGCACGUGACUGACGUCCAUCACAGCAGCGUCAAGGUGAGCUGGGAGAGAACAUCGAGGAAAGUGAAUGGACAUCGUGUCGUCUACGUGUCAGCCAGUGGCAAUGACCCCAAGCAGACUGAAGUUGGCGGGAACAUUACAAGCGUACUGUUGCAAAACCUGACCUCGUUGACAAAGUAUGUGAUUUCUGUCCUUUCCAUAUACGGUACCCUGAGCUCCGCCCCAGUUACCGUCACCACGGAAACAGUCAAGGUUCCGUCCCCCUCGAAUCUGCAAGUGACAGAAUUUUCAAACACCAGUCUAACUAUCACAUGGAAACACGCCUCCAAUGAUGUUGCUCUGUACGAGAUAAAAUGGAUUCCACUUAGUGGAGGAAAAUUAUAUGAGCUGGACGUGCAAGGGAACGCCAACACAGCGGUAUUGCAGGGUCUGGCCAGGAACACAGAGUAUCAGGUAUCGCUCUCGGCUCUGUACAACGACACGGCAGAAAGCCACGCUAUCGUGCUGCGUUAUAACACGUAUUCCAGAAAUCCUCCAGUAAACCUUGUCAUCGAAGCCAAGACACCGACGAGCCUCCAAGUGAGCUGGGACCAUCUGAACGACAAUGUCCAACUUUACAAAGUACAUUACGUGUCAGUUACAGGGCACCAUACUGGUCAAACGACCACACCUGUUAAGAGAAACAGCGUAACAUUAAAACCACUUAUUUCUGACACGGUGUACAAUGUGACAAUUACUGCAGUCUACGCUUCAGGUGACGAGGCCAGUAUAUCCGGAGGAGGCAAAACCUUGCCAUUUCUUCCACCGGCUAACGUGCGAAUCACUGAUAUUACCUUUAAUUACUUCCGGGUGACUUGGGAAAAGCCCGAGGCACGACCUUUGGGCUUCUCUGUGCUUUUCUAUUCAGAUUCCGAUCAACUCGCACAUAUAACGACUGAUGGGAGUAGAGACUCCAUCGAGAUCAAGGAUCUUCAGAGUGGCCAGGAAUAUAAUGUCAGUGUGACUGCCGUCUAUACAAAUGGCCAGAGCCCUGCCGUUCAACAAAGAGUCACCACAUUACACUUGAACGUCACGGAUCUUCGAGCCAACCAGGUGCGGUUCACCUCCAUGUGCGCUCAGUGGGAAGGGUUUGUUGGAUCUUCUGGCUACAGGAUUGUGCUGGAGUCACUGACAGAAGGAAAGGUGCAAGAAAAUACUCUGCGCGCAGGAACAAACAAGUACUGUUUCCAUCAUCUAUUUCCCAAUAGUCAAUACAAAAUCACAGUCUACACAAGACUGCGAGAAGUCACAGGAUCUCCAGUUUCUGUUCUUCAGUCGACAUUGCCACUUCCAAUCAGAUCAACAUUUGCUUCCAGCACUCCUCCAAUCGAUCUGAAAGAUUGCCGUGCUGUCACGGCUGACCUGGCCUUUAUAAUUGACGGCUCGACGUCGGUAGGGGAAGCGAACUUCAGGAAAAUCAUCUCCUUCGUCCACGACAGCGUUAGCGUUUUUGACAAACUCGGGCCAGAGGGGAUACAGGUAUCGGUGAGGCAGUUUAGCCGUCACAUGACAGACGAAAUUCAGCACAGCUCCUUUAGAAAUAGAGAGCAAUUACUGGGAAGCAUCUACGACAUACCUUACAGAGGAACGGACACCAGCACAGUCAAAGAUGGCAGAGCAUCGGAUGGUUUGUUUUCCACGAAUGAAUCGAAGGAAAGAAAAAGUGUUCACAAACUUUUGGUCGUUAUCACUGGCGGGACAGUCCUUGGUGAAAUAAGCCAAACAUUGCAACAGUUGGCGUUGGAAGGUUUUUUUAUAAUUGUUCUUGGCGUGGAUGAUGUUGAUGAGGCGACUAUUACUGAUGUCACAAGCACGCCCAGUCUCAGAGCAGCUUUUUAUGUUCGUGACUUCAGUGACUUGAACAACAUUGGAGGCAAAGUUAUUGUGUCCAUUUGUCAGACCGUUUCCACAACUUGUGCUUUGACAAAUAUUAGAGGCACUGUGGUCCCAGGUAUAAACAUGAUGGAGGCAUUUGGCUUAACAGAUAAAGAGUUCUCGGAGCUUGAAGGUGUUGCUAUGGAUUCUGACAUCUUCACAGGUUCACCAUCAUUUAGUAUUUUUGAAAAUGCUCAUCUUAUACAGAAUACGAGGAAUAUCCACCCCAAAGAACUACCCACAAAGCAGACCAUGACUCUGCUGUUCCGAUUACAGCCAAAUGCCACUGAUGAACCAUUUGCACUGUGGCAGAUUGUGGAUGAACAUUUUCACCCUCUCGUUGGAAUAGUCCUUGAUUCUAAACUGCAAACUCUCAGCUACUUCAACCAGGACAAGAAAAAUGUUUUGCAGAAAGUCACUUUCAGCCAAGCCGAAGUUAAGAAGCUUUUCUUUGGAAGUUAUCACAAGGUUCAUAUCGCAGUGAGUAGGAACACAGUUAGGCUUGAUGUUGACUGCGUGAAAGUUGGAGAGGAACGGAUAAACGGUGUUGGGAAAAUCUCCCAUGACGGAUUUGAGGUGCUUGGGAAACUGGUAAACAACAGGGGUGCGAUCAAUACUUCAGUACCAUUUCAGUUGCAGGCAUUUGAAAUGGUUUGCAAUAAUUCAUGGAGCAGCAUGGACAGGUGUUGUGACCUACCAGCCUGGAGAGAUGAUGUAACGUGCCCGGCUAACGUCCCGACCUGCACUUGCUCAUCGCUGAUCACAGGAGCACCAGGACCUUCAGGCCCAUCAGGUCCUCCUGGUGCGAGGGGCCAGCAGGGUGUAUGCGGGGAGCCAGGACCACAGGGCCCAGAAGGUCCAGCGGGCAAUCGAGGUCCCAAGGGAUUGGAGGGUGAACCAGGACCACCAGGGCCCAGAGGACUAAGUAUACGAGGUCCUGCUGGUCCACCAGGUGAGAAAGGCCAAAGUGGUGAGCCUGGACAAAGAAGUAAUCAGGGACUUCCAGGACCUCGAGGUCCUCCAGGAAGAGAUGGAAUCCAGGGACCAAAGGGGACAAGGGGACUGGAAGGAUCGAUUGGACCCCCGGGACUUCCUGGGACAAGAGGGCCGACAGGAAUUGUGGGACCAACAGGUUAUCAAGGAGACCAGGGCGUUCCAGGCGAUGUGGGGCCUUCUGGACUUCCGGGUGCCAAAGGAGAAAAAGGGGAGAAGGGAGAGCCACAAUCCCUCUCCGCAGUGUAUCAGAUGGUUAGCCAAGCCUGCGAGGAGCUUGUUCAGAAUCACAUGUUGAAAUUUGAUUUGGUCUUGAAUGAGUUCUCAAAGAACCCCACGCCUGUACGGAUUAUCCAGGGACCGGCAGGUGAGGUCGGAGAACCCGGAAAACCAGACCACCGGGAAACCGAGGAGCGCCGGGAAUACCAGGCGUGCCUGGCACUGCUGGCAAAGCCGGCUACCCUGGAGAGAUAGGUAAACCUGGUGAAAAGGGGCAGAAAGGAAGUUCUGGGGUCAACGCGCCCGGCUCGGAAGGCCCAAGGGGAACCCCAGGGCCCCGGGGAGAGGGGAAACGUGGGAAGCAAGGGCCGCAGGGGUUACCUGGGCCCCCGG